AUGGCAAUUCUGAGCAACGUCUCGUUUUCUUGCAGCAACAUCUCUCUAAAACCAUCUCUCUCUUCACUCCCUUUUUCUCCUUCUUCUCGUUCUCAUUCUCUCCUUCGUUACUCAAAGGAAGGAAGAGAAGUGGUUAGUCCAUUGGGAAGUGUGGUUUUGUCAUUAGGAGAAGAAGUUUCAAAGAGAAGUCUACUUGCACUUGUCUCUGUUACUCUCUUUUUGGCUGAUCCUGCUCUUGCUUAUAAGGGUGGAGGUCCUUAUGGACAAGGAGUCACCAGAGGACAGGACUUAUCCGGCAAGGAUUUCAGUGGCCAGACUCUGAUCAGACAGGACUUCAAGACGUCCAUCUUAAGGCAAGCCAACUUCAAGGGUGCAAAGUUGUUAGGUGCGAGCUUCUUUGAUGCCGAUUUGACUGGAGCUGAUUUAUCGGAAGCUGAUCUUCGAGGUGCGGAUUUCUCCUUGGCAAACGUAACAAAGGUGAAUUUAACGAACGCUAAUUUGGAAGGAGCGACUGCUACUGGAAACACAUCAUUCAAGGGAUCAAACAUUACAGGGGCAGACUUCACUGAUGUUCCUCUAAGAGAUGAUCAACGAGAAUACCUUUGCAAAGUCGCCGAUGGAGUUAACGCGACCACUGGGAAUGCUACGCGGGACACAUUGCUCUGUAACUAA